AUGGCGGAGAGGGAUCUCUCCUCGCGCUUACGAAGGGCGGUCAUGGACAACAACCUCUUUAUGGUCAAGCGCCUCAUCCAGCGGGUCGAUAUGCGCAAUCCAGACCCGGCAAACCGCAGAUACACGUCCUUGGCUUGGGCGGCGAUACUGGGCCACACCGAAACCUUCGAGUUUCUGCUGAGCGCCGGCCACGAUGAUCAGGAGUUUAGCCGAGACUCGGACGACAAUACAAUACUGAUCCUUCUUGCGGACUCGAAGCCCUCCGUAACUUCGCCGCACCGUUUAGAUCCCGAUCGGGAUGUCAUAGGAGCUGCGUUGCGGAUGGCCGUGCUGUACCACGAGCGCUAUCCCGAGACACUCGACUGGGCGAACUCGCAGGGCAGGACCGCGUUACACGUCGCAGCGCUCAAGGGAAACGAGGACCUCGUUCGGACGUUUUGCGACCUGGGAGCCGAUUAUGAUCUUCCAGACAACCAAGGGAACACCGCGUUACAUUAUGCGAGUGCUUGGGGACAUGUGCCUAUAGUUCAACUACUGAUUGAACGGGGCUGCUCGUAUACCGUACGUAACAACGAGGGCUUUAACCCAUCAGAUUACGCGUAUUCAUUCAGCACCCGGGACGCGCUGCAAGAUACCGCGCGG